UGUGUGAUAAGUAUAUGUUUUUUGUAUCGAAGGCGUACAUCUAUAGAGGUUUAUGGUUUCAAAAACAUUAAACAGUUGCAAACCUCAAAGGUUAAGUUUUUUUGGGUCUUUCCUAUAUUUCAGUGUAAAUAACUAAUAAAAAUGGUUCGUACCUACAUACCUAAAGGAAACAAAAAUAAAUGGACUGAGGAGCAGAUGCAAUUGGCUAUUGAAAGUGUAAAUAGUGGAAAAGCCAUUGCAAGUACUGCAAAAAAAUUUGGCAUACCAAGGAGUACUUUGCAAAGAAAGAUUCAAUGUAUCAAUUCACCAGAUUAUGAGGAAAAGGUUCCAGGUUUUCGCAAAGCAUUUUCAGACGAAGAAGAAGAUUUACUUGCAAAAUACUUGAAAGCACUGGAAGACAAACUAUUUGUGUUCACACGCACAGACGUUAGAAGACUGGCGUUUCAAUUUGCAGAAAGAUACCAGCCUAAUCACCGAUUUAACAAGAAAGAAGGAUUAGCUGGACAAGAUUGGAUGACCAAUUUUAUCAAACGGCAUCCACAGCUAUCCAUCAAAAAAGCAGAACGAAUAUCAGGAUCAGAUCCCUUGGAGUUAAACGAAGAAGCUGUAUUAGAAUUUUUUUCUGUUCUCAAUUCUGUGAUGAAACAAUAUGAGUUUCCAGCCUCUAGAAUCUACAAUGCAGAUGAAAUGAGUAUUAUUAUUGUACCGGAUGAAAUGCCAAAAAUUACCCCAGCUACGAAAAACAAACGACUUACUGAUGUUAUCCCUCCAGAUGAGGCAGGUGAUACUGUAACUAUCAAGGUAUGCUUUUCAGCAAGCGGCGAGUACAUGCCGAUGAUGAUUGUGUUUCCUAGAAUGACGAUUGAUGACACAUAUUUGCAAGGCACUCCUGAAGGUACAUGGGCAGAAUGUCAUCCUAAUGGUUGCAUUCAGAGCGAAAUUUUUUAUCGUUGGCUGAUGAAAUUCAUCGAGUUUUCUGGCUCAACCAAAGAAAAUCCUGUUUUACUUAUACUCAAUGCACAUGUCGGUUACAUAAAAUGCUUUGAUGUAACAGAUCUAGCUGAAGAAAAUGGUGUUAUUAUAGUUUGUGUCUCUGCAUUUAUAAAGCAUGAAAUACAACCCAUUGAUAUGUCUUUUAGUAAAUCUUUUAGUAAUAAUUACAUCGCUGAAGUGAGACAGUGGCUACAACUGAAUAGCCCCAAGACUGUGACGAUCGAUCGAAUAGCAGAGUUGUUAGGAAAUGCUUUUACGAAAACUGCCACAUUGGAAGAUGCUGUGAAUGGAUUUUCUAAAUCAGGAAUUUAUCCGUUUAAUACGGAAAUCCAUCCUUUCAAUUCACAUUUCAUGGCAGAGGAGUUGGAUUCAACCACAAGUGAAGUACUGGGUGAAGUACAAAACAAUGAACAAGAAUUAACAUGCAGUGCUUCAAAAGAAUUUAUAGUGAACAUAAAAAAAGAAAUGUCUUUGAAUGAGAACUCAGAAACUAAUAGAAAUCCUUCAGAAAAGUCUCAAAAAAGAAAUAAUUCUGUACAAAGGAAAAAUAUCCCACAAUCCAGUGCUGAGCCUAUUCGGCCUAAAAGAUCUAUAACAAAAGUACAGAAAGAAUUCCCCCAACAAAAUCAGCCAUGGAAGAAGCGAAAACUUCCAGAACGAACGCGGAAAACGAAAAAUUCCGUGGAAAGCGACGAAGAUGCUUUUGAAGCAAAUUUUAUUGACAACACAGAUGCCGAGUCUAUUCCUGAUAAACAAUCAUCUCCUGGUCAGUCGUUGUCAGUAAAACUAAAAAAACAAUCAGGCAAGACUUCUAAUUCUAAGUCAAGUGAAGAGUACGAUUUAACUGAUGGACAGCUAUAUUUAUUGAAAAAUAACAAGCUCAUUCCCGUUACAUUAGAUGUAGUCCUUAAAGCUGUAAAAUAACUGUAAGAUAACGUAAUGUAAAAAGUAUUUAAUAUAAUGUUGAA